AUGACACGAGGCCGCCCUGAGGGAAACAUGCGUGACGCUUUUUUCUCGUUGCUUUCGGCCCUCAGGGUCGCCCUGGGGCAAGGGUUGGCAUCCCAGAGAAAGGCAUGGGUUGCAGGACUCGUUUCGGGAUCUUUCUCCUUGAUGCCCAGGUGCACCAGUACGACCUCCCCAGCGGCGCACGGAUCUUCUCAGGGAGCCAGUACACACGGCCUCGUCUUCCGGGUCACGGACUGCGCGCGUUCCUGCGCCACCGGCGACACGCCGUGGUACGACGCCGCUGUCGCCGCCGGGGACCCGGACGCGAUGGCCGCCCUGGCCCGGAGGCUGAGCAGCGGCGCGGGCGAGCGCGCCGGCGGCGACCUCGAGCGCGCCGUGGCGCUCUGCCGGCGGGCGGCGGAGAUGGGGCAGACGGACAACCGCCGCGCCGUGGCGUGCCUGGCCGAGCUGCACCUGGCGGGGCGCGCGGGGCUCGCCGCUGGCGGGCCCGAGGCCGCCCGCUGGUGGCGCCGGGCCGCGGAGGCCGGCGACGGGGCCGCCCAGCGCGCGUUGGCCUUGGCGUGCGCGGCGGGCUCCUGCGGCCUGGCGCGGGACGAGGCCGAGGCCGUGCGUUGGCUGUCGCUGGCCGCCGCGCAGGAGGACGCGGGCGCCAUGUACUGGCUUAGCGUGUGCUGCCGCCGCGGCCUGGGGCGGGCCCCAGACGCGCAGGAGGCGUGGGUGUGGCUGGUGCGCGCGGCGGAGGUGGGACACCCGGAGGCGCAGUACGGGCUGGGCCUGGCCUACCUGGCUGGUGACGGCGCCCAGCAGGACGCCUCGCUGGCCGCGAGGUGGUUCCGCCGGGGCGCGCUGCAGGGUGAGCCGCGGGCGCAGUGCAACCUGGGCGCGAUGUGCGCGGAGGGGUCUGGCGGGCUGCCCCAGGACUACGGCGAGGCCCUGCGCUGGUACGCCUCCGCGGCGGAUCAGGGGAGUGCGGACGGGCAGCACAACCUCGCGCUGAUGCACCUCCACGGCCUGGGCGGCCUCCGCCGCGACGCGGGGGAGGCGCGGCGGUGGUGCGCGAGGGCCGCCGAGCAGUCGCACCCGCGGGCGCUGCAGCUGCUGCGGCAGCUGGGUGAGCCCGCGGGCGCCGGCGGGGCCCUGCUCGGUGCGGCGCCUCUGCGGGCCGCCCCCGGCGCGGCGGCGAGCGGCGUGGCCGCGUCGGACAGCCUCUCCGCGAAGAUCGAGGAGGCGCGCGCGCUGCUCGGCGCCGCCCGCGAGCGCAACGCCGCGCGCCCGGAGGCCCGGGAGCUCCUCGACGCGCUGUUGCAUCGCACCGCCGCGCUCGCGCGCCGUCGCGCCGCUGCCCGCGAGGGGCCGUGCGCGGGCGCGCCGCCGAACGGCUCGGCCGCCGCUGCGUCCGGCGACGGCCGAUGCGCCGCGGCGCUUGACGACGUCGAGCCGCUGAUGCAGGUGACCGCGGAGAUGGCACGCCUCGUCCGAGAAGCCGCCGAGGUCGCGGACGGCGUCCGCCGUCCUCCGCUCCACUCGCGCGGGCAAGCCGCUCCACUCGCGACCCCCCCCCAGACCAUUCUAAGCGCGGAGACGUCCAACGGAGAUAACACGAUCAGCACUGCGUCGACGGCGUGCUCUGCGCCUUGCGACCUCGUCCUGGCCACAGGCACGAAGCCUGCGGAGCAUCAGGGCCAUGCCACGGGCGUGCCGAGCAGCAAGGGCCCCACCGCGGGCGGAGACCGACCAGCCGGCUCGUGGUGUACGGAGGGCUGGGAGUCCAGCAAGCUCAGCAAGUGCGAGCGGUGCACCGACAAUGGAGCUGACGGGUUCCCCGACAGCUGCGCGGACAGCCGUUCCGACGGCGGCGCCAACGAUGCUGCCGACCACUUCCCCGACGGCUGCGAGGAUUGCGGCAACGGUCCGACGUCGAGCCCAACGCCGAGACCGACCAGCGACCCGACCGGCGGUCCGACGGCGGCUCCGUCGAUGACGCCGACCCUCGCCCCGACUGGCGAGCCGACGACGGGCGAGAUACCUGGCGGCCCUUGCGUGACGAACGUGGAGGGACACCGGUUCAACCCCGCCCGUGUUGCAACCCACGAGCUCCCGCAGCUGCCCCAGUCUUCGGACGCCCGCCCCGGCCCCAGCGCUGGAAGCCAAGCGCUCCUCGAGGUCUUCGGGGCGUUCGAGAGCGAGCGACGCUGCGAAGGGCCCUUCGUCAGGCAGCCGGACCUGAGCGGGCUCUGGCUGCAGCAGUCGGGGCCCCUGGUCCUCCGCGCGACGGGCCUGGACGAAGGCAGCAGGGGCGCGACCGCGCUGCAGGUCGACGGGUCGCACGUCGGCGUGAGCGAGCUCGCCCGCGACGUGAGGCUCCGAGGCCUGCUGCAGGCGACGAAGUGCAGGGCCGUGCACGUCGAGCGGCGCGCCGGGAGGGCCCGCAGGGGCAGGCUGCGCGCCAGCCCAGAGCUUGGUGCAACUCGGCGCUGGUCCGCGUCCAGGUCUCUGCUCGAGCCAUACCUCGAGGCGCGCGGCGAGGUCCAGCCGUCGGCCCCGCCCGAGGAGCCUCUGUUCUCGGCAGCGAGCCAGGAGCCAGCCGAGGUGCGGGGGGAGUUUCGGGACACCGACAGCGUGUUCCAGUCGAAGCCCUUCGUGGGUUUUCUGUCGUCGGUGACGCGGUCCAGGAUCGAGAGCCUCUGUCGAUCAAGUGGCGACUGGUUCACGCUUCGCAUCCUUUGGCCGAAGUUCCUAAGCGCGUCGGCGGCAGGGCUCGGGGGCAGGAAGGCCGCCAGUGCGGCCCGCCGGCUGGAGAGCGCGUCGUCGGCGUUGGACGCCCUGGGGGACGUGGGCACGAAGAGGGCGCAGCCGCCGCCCAGGCCCAAGGCGCCGCAGGCUGGCCAGGCGCUGCCGGAGGAGCCGCCAGCUGCUGGCCUCUGCGGCUGCUGCCGCCGCCGCCGCCGCCCAGGGCCAACGGGCCACGCCGCGUCGCCAGGGUCGGUGUCCUCGCCGCCUCGCGCUGGUGGCGUGAGGGAUGACAUUUCCUCGGCCUCCGAGUCGGCCUACGACGAGUCUGGAACGCCGUGGAGACACUGUGGCAAGGUGGAUCAGUCUUAUCGCGUGGGGUACUACGACAAGGAGCGCGAGCUCUCAAUCGGCUUCGUCUUUCACCCCGGGGUAGGCAUCAACGGUGACCUGCAGCCGCCCUUCUACAACCGCACCCAGUGGGGCUGCGGUAUAGGGCAGCCCAUGUCUGCUGAAGUCACGUCUCUGUACAAGUGGUCCGUGGGCAUGGUGGGGGAGCAGUUCCCUGACGUGGGCGCCAAGAACGUGACGGCAGAGCGACUGCACCAGUGGGGCGUCCGUGAUCAGAGGAAACACAUGAGAAACGGCAAGUUGUACGGCAAGUACGAGGUGAUCGACUACAGCAAGGUCAUGGACGAUCUUAUCCAGGAGCGCGGGUUCGUCGAUCCGUCCCUGUGGUUGAAGGAUGGGUACCGUCCCAGCGUGGAGCCCUCCCGGCGCUACCUCAAUGCGAUCUUCCACUUCCUGAACGUGACGACGGCGGAGGAGGAGGCGCAGGUGAACGGCAACAAACGGUUGACGUUUGCGCCCGCUGGCGACUGGGAUGAGGCAUCCCUCCGCUUCGCCGCGCCGCUGCCGCGCUCCGCCGCGAGCGCGGGCUCCCGAUGGCCCGCGAUAUUCUUCGUCAGCGCGAGAGUGGCGCAGACGCGUCAGCCGCUGUCUAUGAGCCCCGUCGGUGUUGAUAGGUUUCGUGGAGAUGCCCUCGUCGGCGAGGGGCUGGCGGGCCCUCGGAUAGAUGGGCGCCCCGGCGUUGGAGUCGUGAGCGACGGCUCUGUGCUCGACUGCGCUGGUGGGAACGUGACUAGCUUCGCAGAGCAGCAUGGGGUGGGCCACGGCGCCCACUAUUCCACGGCCGAGGCGCCGCUCGACGGCGCAGACACCGGUAGCCGGGCGCCGUUGCAGCGCGUGCCCAUAGUGGCCGCCGAAGCGCUGGUCAGCCUGUCGCGCGCUUGGUCUGCUGGCCGCAGGCGCGGUGCGGCGUCCCUCGGCGGUCCAGCGGCGGCCCUCGGUCGCGUCUGCCCGGCUGGCCUGAGGAAGUCGAUGACGUCGAACGCGGCGAUGGGGAUGAUCAGGGUGCUGCAGAACAGGACCCUGGAGGAGGCGGCGUUGGACAUACGGCUCUCUGAUAGCGGAAUGGCCUGGCAGUGGGAGACGACGAGCCGGCCCACCAAGGAGACCGCGACCGAAACCGCGUCGCAGUGGGAAGGCCUACAGGCGGCCCCGGAGUGGCGCUCGGCCCACCUGUGCCACUGCCUCGGCUGCGCCGCGUGCCGCCCGGGCUGCCCCGAGAGGGGCAGCCAGGGGAGGCCCUGCGACUUCCCGCUCGGCCGCCCGUGCCUCCAAUACCGCCAGCGGCUCAAGGACGUGCCCGUCGGCUUCUGCAGGCGCUGCGACGCCGCGAGCCGCUGGCCGGCGAUGGGGAGGAGGCCGGGGGCCACGCUGGGCGGCGGCAGCAGGAGCAGCAGCUUCCCGAACCUGAGCGGCCCGGCGCGGAGCGAGGGCCACGGGAGCCCCAGCCCAGGCCGGCCCGCGGCGCAGAUCCGCCGCCGCGCCGGGCAGCAGUGGAUGCAGCUCCACGAGCAGCGCGACGUGGAGAGGACAGACCUGAUUGUGGCAGAGCUUGCAGGCGGGCGGAAACCGUUCGGCUGCUUCAUCGAGGUUUCCGAGGCUCUCGAGCACGAUGGCGCGGUGAACGACCCGGAGUUGCUCGCCAGAGUCCGGAUCCGAGUGGCGGGGCCGGUGUUCCGGCUGGAGUUUACCCCCCCGCCCGAGCGACACUUGGGCUGCCAGUGGAGCAGGGGCUGGACGGGCUGCCCCCAGGGACCCGCCUCACCUGUGAUCCACUGCGAGUGCGGCGGCGGUGCGUCGAUUGCGGUAUCUUCACCUGGCUCGCUGCCGCGGAUCAUGACCUCAUGCCCGCGCUGCCAUGCCCGCUGGACCAUUCUCGAGCACCGCACGCCCUACGUGCUCGGCGUCUGCCCCAGCUGCGGCGACCCCUGCCUGGGCCCCUCGGCCAUCCUCGGACGCACGUCCCGCGGGACACCAGGGCUCCCACAGCCUCUCAGCCCCCACACGACGCCCCCGGCGCGGGACCACAGCGACCCGCCUUCGUCUCCCGACCGCAGCGCCAUCAAGGGCUUCGAUGGCAUCAACUGGACUCUGUCGCUCGACCCCCUCGAGUUUCCGCGCGCCCGCGCGCAGGGUCACAUGGAGGACGCCGGCACCGCCGGGGAGGCCAGCCUGGAGGAGGAGCUCGCGCGCCUGCGCGCCCGCUGCGCCGCGCUGGAGGCGGUGGCGGCGGAGGGCGACGCUCCCGACGUCUACCUCGCCACGCGACCGGUCGCCAUCACCAGCCAGCUGGACAGGGCGUCGCCGUGGGUCGCCGAGUUGACGCCGGGCGAAGCCUUCGAGGUGGUCGAGGUGCAGCACGUCGUGCAGGAGCAGCGGGUCCGCGGUCGCGUGGAGACUCCGGCAGGCUGGGUCUCCAUCCUGGCCACCGGGGAGGACAGCCUCCGCUGGGCGCUGCGGGUCGGCGACGGCACCGGCCUGGAGGAGCUGCGCGACGCGUGCGGCGCGUCCAGGGCGAGGAUCCUCGAGCUCGAGGCGGAGGGGGAGGAGCUGCGCGGCCGCGUCGUGGAGCUGGAGGCCGCCCUGUCGCAGAUGCGCGCUGCGGUGCCAGCCGGCGGCGAGUCCGCCGCGGAGCUGGAGGGCCUCGCCUCGAGGCAGCGGGUGCGCAUCGCCGAGCUGGAGGCGGCGGCCGCGCGGGCAGACGACCUGGAGGAGCAGCUGAGCCGGCAGCGCGACGCGAACGCGGACCUCGAGGAUCGGCUGGUCCGCGUGAGCGAGCUGGAGGAGCAGGGCAGUGCCGACCUCGACGAGCGCCUCAGGCGCGUGGCGGAGCUGGAGGCUCAGGUCGCCAAGCGGGCGCGCGAGGUGGAGCUGCAGAUGGCGAGGGAGCGCGAGGAGUCGGCCGUCGCGCAGCAGGAGGCCAUCGCCAGGGCGGAGGCGCUGUGCCGCCAGGUGGCCAGGCUGGAGGCCGAGUGCGAGCAGCGGGACGCCCUGCUGGGCGCCCUUCAGUCGGAGCGGGAGGAGCUCCUGGCCAAGGUGUCGGUGCAGGAGCGGCAGCUCUGCGACUUGGCGCGCCCAGAGGCGGAGAGGGCCACGCCGGGCGCGGCCGAGGCGGAGGCGCUGGCGGUGCAGGUGCGGACGCUUGAGGCGCAGGUGAACGACCUGACGGAGCAGCUCAUCGCCGCCAGCGCCGCCGAGGGCGCCCCGCGCGAGCUGGGGCCGCGGGCUGGCUUUGUCCAGGUGCUGGACACCGCGGUCGAGCGCGAGCGGUUCAGGGAGUCCCUGGCGGGGAAGCGCGUGCUUCAUGUCAAGGGUUUCGGAAGCGGCCGCAGAGAACCGAGUGAGGUGGACGCCUCGCAGGAGAAGGAAGCGUUGCAGGUCCUGAGCGGGUUCAGCCCCGACUUCUUGGUUGUUGACGGUGACCCCUGGGGGUCGGGAUUUCAGUUGUACGUGAAGGCCCUCGUCGACUCCAUGCGUGCCAGUGGCAGCACGGCUCCGAGGGUGAUAUGGGCCAAGCACGUGGCCCAACUGUUGGAGGAUGGGACUGUCGCAGAUGCAAGCGAGCGGGCCAAGAGACUCGAGAAAGCACAAGGCUGGGCUGACCAGGGCAUCUCGGUGAUAGUCAUGUGGCUGGCCAGCAGGGAGAUAGAGAUAAAGAUCGACGACAUGUUUGGGCCAGGUACCUUCGCAAAGCUGGAGCCUCUUGAUCACAGUACGCGGGGAGGUGUGCGGAUCCUGUCAGAAGCAUCGCCCAAGUGGUGGCUGGGAGUCGAAUCGACCCUCAAGAGGGCAAUCGUCGACGUGGAGCAGAGGCGUGAUAUGCAGUAUCCAGCUAAGUGCAGCUUCGAGAACGUUGCCAAAGGCAACACGAUCUUCGACGCUUUGCACAACCCCGCGUGCUCCUCGCACGGCGUCGCGAGCCUCGGCGGUGGAGAGAGCGUGUUGCUCGAGCUCGGGUCCGUGUACCUGAACUCCGGGUCCGGCUUCGACCGCUCCAGGGCCGCCGUGCUCCCCUUCGGCCGCGGGAGGGACACAGACCCCAGGCUGCCCCGGCAUGUGGGCGCCGCGUUCCUCGGGGGUGGGCUCAGGGAGGCGGCCGCGCGCGCGGGCGAGCUGGAGGCGGAGGGGGCGCGGCUGCGCCGUCGCGCGCAGGAGUUGGAGGCCGAGAGGGGCGCGCUGCUGGAGCGAGCGGAGCGCGACGCUGGGCGCCUGGCGGCCCAGGCGGCGGAGUGCGACGGGCUGCGGCGGGAGUGCGAGAGGCUGCGGUCGCCUGCGGGCCCCCCAGACGACGCCGCCUCGGAGGUCGACGGGCUGCAGGCGCAGCUGAGGGGCCUCGAGGAGGAGAGGGCCGAGCUGGCGCGGGCGAACUCCUCGCUGCAGGCGAGGGCGGAGAGCCUGCGGCUGGUGUGCGCCGAGCAGCAGGACGAACUGUCGGGCGCCCGCGAGGAGGUGCGGGCCGAGGCGGCCCGACAGCAGGAGGAGCUCGUGCGGCUCCGCGACGAGCUGGCCGGGGCGCAGGGCGCGCGCGCGGACGCCGAGCGCCUCCGCGCGGAGGUCGCCGCGCUGGUGGCGCAGCGCCAGGAGACGCAGGAGCAGGCGGAGGGCCAGGGCCGCCUCGCGGCGGAGGUCGCCGAGCUGCGCGCCCAGAACAGGUCGCUGGCGAGGGCCGGCGAGGCCCUGAGCCUCGACGUCUCGCGCCUGCGCGAGGACGCGGAGGAGCUGGAGGCCGCGCGCCGCGCCCUGGCGGUGGAGGUCGAGGAGCACCGCCGCCUCGCGGAGCAGUCCGCCGAGGAGCGGGGCGUCAUCGACGCGGAGGCGGCGCGGCUGCGCGCGGAGAAUUUGGUGUGGAAAACGGAGAACGACGACCUCCUGGCGCGGAUGCAGGAGCUGGCGCUGCCCCGAAGUCCGCUGCCCGCCCUCGAGGAGGGGGAGGCGCGGCUGGCGCUGACGGCGGCCGAGCACUGGGUGCUGUACCACCCGGCGCCGCCACUGGAGCAGAGCCCGGAGAGCAUGUGCUAUCCCCUGGGCGCACACCGUCCGGCUGCACGGCCUGGCGGGCCAGGCGCAGCUCUCGGCGUCGCCGGCCAUGGUCUCCUGGCGCCGCGGGGAGCGGGUCGGCUGGGCCGCCGACUUGGUGGAGGGCGGGGCCUUUGCGCGCGCGGCGCUCCAGGCGUACAGGGUCCACGACACCGACCGGCAGGGGUUCCUGCGGUGGAGCGACGGCGCCGUGCAGGACUUCAUCGUCGCGGUCUUCAGCCAGCACGCGCUGGCUCCCCCACCCGAGCCCCUCGUGGCGGAGGCGUGCGCGUGCUUCAUGCCGGACAAGGCCGACCGCCUGCCCGCGGCGGAGUGCCUCUGCCUCGCCGACGCGCUGCUGCGCGCGCUCCUGCUGGCGGCGAUCGUGAAGGGGAGGUUCGACGACAUCGAGACGGUCGGCGAGGUCAGCGCUGGACAGCAGCUCAUCAGUCCUGGUCCAAUCGUAGGUGGAAAUCAUGCCCGCAGGGACCGAUGGGGAGAAUUGGCAAAAGGGAGGCAAACGGGCACUUAGGCGGGCUGUUCGUGCAUUGA